AUGGAAGUCAUCGCGCCCGCCUACAAUGCGUGCGCCGAGAAGAGCGCCUGGACCGCCGUUGCGCCGCGCUGGCAAGAUACCGUGGACCGACUGGUCGAUGAUGUCUGGGCUGCGUUGAUCCAGGGAUGCGACCCGGGGUUCGUCGACAAAUAUACGGAUGCACGACCGCUCUGCGGCGAAUACAAGGAUGCGCCCGCCGACUUAGGGUUGCAUACGCCGCCGCCCCCGUUGUACACUGCGCCGCCGCCGUCCUACGAUGAAGCUGUGCACGAUCUACCGCCCGAGUACGCUACCCUGCCGCCGCUCGCCGAGAAGAAGACGGCGGUGUCGACUGCUGCGGCGCCGGCCGUGUCUGCUACGAAGGCGCGGUCAAGAGCGAAAGACCGGUCUCAUUCCCCGUGUCGCGAUCCCUCCCUCGACGUCGAUAUCGAUUUCGAGAGCCCCGUCGGGGUCCGCGAGCAUAAGAAGAAGAAGGCUGCGGCGAAGAAGGUGAUCUUGUCAAGUGCGCCGGCGGAUACCGGCGGUGGUUCAGACAAUGCGGGCGAGGAGCAGGCGAACGGUGAUGCCGGUGGUGGAGAUGCCGGUGGUGGAAGCGGCGGCGGCGAUGGAGGAGGCGGCGAUGGUGGAGGUGGAGGAGGAGGAGAUGACUUCAACGACUGGACCGUCAGCGGCACCAAGAAGAAAACCAAGAAGGAGCAAGAGGAGGAGGAAGAGGAAGCGCGCAAGGCCGCCGAGGCUGCGGCUGCCAACAAUCUCAGCUGGGCUGAUGAUGUCGAAGAAGGCGGCGGUGGCGACGAUGGCUGGGCUGGAUUUGCGACUGUUGGGAAGAAAAAGAAAGGAAAGGGCGAGGCGGCUCCUGGAGGGUUCCAGGAUGUGAGUCUCAACGACAGCGGCGGAGCACCCCAGCUGGACCUGAGUUUCGAUACAGGUCCCAAGACUGGUGGCACCGGAUUUAGCUUUGGCGGUUGGGGUAAAGACUGGAAUACAGGUGGCUCAGCGAAUAACAAAUGGGAUCUGGGUAAUAUCGGCGAGGCCCCAAAGGAGGAGUCCAAAGACAACAACCCCUGGACAAGUGCUGAUAAGAAGAAAUCCACCAAAACAUCCGCAGGCGGAUUCGACUUUGGUGAUUUGAGUUCACCGCCAGCCGACAAAGCCGACGAUGGCUGGGGCACGAUCGGUGCAGCUGGCAAAAAGGGCAAGAAAAAGGGCGAAGAAAUACCGCCGCCGCCUCCUCCGGUACCUGUUACUGAGACGAAGGAAGAUGACUGGGGCGGUUGGGGUAUCGCAACGAAGGACAAGAAAAAGAAGAAAGGCUUGCUUGAUCCUGAGCCCGAACCGGAGCCUCAACCCUCGCCCGAGCCUGCCGUCGAACUUGAACCUUUGCCCGAACCUGAGCUAGAGCCCGAGCCGGAGCUUCCUGCGCCCAUUACUGAGGAAGCCUGGUUCCAGGGUCUGUCGAAGAAGGAACAACGAAAGGCAAAGAAGGAGUGGGAGAAGAAGCUCAAGGACGCAGAGGACGAACUCAAUAAAGUGCGCGAGGCCAACGACGCCAAGCUAGCUGCGUACGACGAAGCAAAGAAGGCAAGAGAGGAAGCAGAAGCUGCAACAGCCGCCCCUCCUGCUCCCGAGCCUGAGCCUGAGGCCGAGCCGGAAAAUGACUGGGGCUGGAAUGUCCCAUCUAAAUCCAAGGACAAAAAGAAGAAGAAGAUCGAUCUUCUUGCUGAUCCUGAGCCUGUCCCGCCUCCCGCUCCUGCACCCCCAGAAGACGACUGGAUGGGUGGUUGGGGAACGGCAGGUAAAAAGGACAAGAAGUCCAAAAAAGAACCGGAGCCGCUGGUUGAUGAACCUCCGCCAGAACCCGCCCCCAAGGAGCCUGAGAACGACUGGAGUUGGAAUGUUACCACCAAGGACAAGAAGAAGAAAAAGGGCAAGGUCGAGCCAGAGCCCGAGCCAGAACCUGAGCCGGAGCCAGAGCCGGAACCUGAACCUGUACCCGAGCCAGAACCCGAGCCGGAGCCAGAGCCUGAGCCGGAGCCUCAAAAACAUGACGAUCCUCUGUAUGAGGGCUGGCAUACUUUGUCUUCCAAGGAGCGAAAGCGACGAGAGAAGAAGCUGAUCCAAAAAGGCCUUCCCAUUCCUGGAAAGGACUUUGAGCUUCCCUCCGAGAAGCCUGCUGAGCCAGAACCAGAGCCAAUACCGGAGCCAAUACCAGAGCCAGAACCAGAGCCAGAACCAGAGCCCGAGCCCGAGCCCGAACCGGAGCCACUUCCUGAGCCUGAGCCUGAGAAACCCGCCGAAGAUGAUACUUGGGGAGCCUGGGGAAGCGUCAAGGAUAAGAAGAAAAAGAAGAAGGGCAUUGAAGAGCCCCCUCCCCCAGCUCCAACGCCUCCUGCGCAAGGCCUCACGCCAGAGCCCGAAGCAUUCAAUGAGAAUCCAGAUGAUAUCUGGGCCGAACUUGCUCCUAAGACUUCCAAGGGUUCCAAAAAGAGCACCAAGGCCAUUGAACCCCCCAAGGAAGAGAAAAAGGGAUUCUGGGCAUCUUGGACAGGCGCGUCCGCCGCGAAGCCUAAGUCAGCAAAGAAGAUAGAAGACAAACCGAAGUCUAAGGACGAAGAGCCUCCAAUCGAGGAAGAUCUUCUCAUUGACGUUGCAGAUGACCCUCCUCCAGAGCCCGAACCCGAGCCUGAGCCCGAACCGGAGCCCGAGCCAGUGAAGGAGGAGCCACCGCCUGAGAAGUCUUCGAAGACUAAGAGCAGUUCGAAAAUGUCAGUUGCAGAGCGGAUCAAAAUGCUUGAACAGAGCAAGAAUAAGUCAAAGGAGGAGAAGUCAAGUUCCAAACUGAAGAAAAAGGCUGAGCCUGAACCUGAACCUGAAGUGGCACCAGAGCCAGAGCCAGAGCCAGUGGUAGAGGAACCGGCUAAGAAGGGCUCAAAAUCGAAGUCCAAGACAUCCACCAGCAAGAAGGAAAUUGUUCCUGAGCCGGAAGAGGAAAAGCAUAUCUCCAGAGACUCUGUUCCUGGAAGUUUCCCUGACGAACCGGAGCCUGAACCUGAACCUGAACCGGAGCCGGAGCCAGAACCGGAACCUGCGCCCCCAGCCCCAGAUCUUUCGAAGAUGUCAAAGAAAGAGCUGAAGAAAUAUAAGAAAGCUCAAGCUGAAGCCGAGGCUGCUGCCGCCGCCGCUGCUAAGGAACCCGAUCCCCCUGUCGAAGAAGCUGAGCCUGAGCCUGAACCUGAGCCUGAACCUGUUGAGGAUGGCGCUCCACCCACGCCGCCACCAGAAGUUGAGGAGCCUCCGAAAUCAUCUAAAAAGACCGUCCGAAGGUCGAUCGUGCAGGGUCUGGCUGGGGAGGAUUCUGGGGUGCCGCUGUUGCACCACCACCCAAGAAGUCCAGCAAGAAGGAGAGCAAAUCUCGCAAGGAACCUGAACCAGAACAACCUGAAGCAGAACCAGAACCUGCACCAGAACCACAACCCGAAGAAGAACCCGAGGCACCACCGCUGA